GUGUGUGUGUGUGUGUGUGUGUGUGUGUGUGUGUGUGUGUGUGUGUGUGUGUGUGUGACAAGUCAUUCGAGAAGGCAGUAGAGCACAGAUCCAAGUUACAUAUUUGUUUUGUUGACCUCUCAAAAGCAUUUGACUCUGUACCAAGACAUGCUCUCACCAAAAUUCUCAAAGAUUCUGACACAGAAGAUGAAUUGGUUAGAUUGAUUGUUGACCUGCACGAUGGUACAGGCUGUGUUGUGCGAAAUAGGAGGGAAAUCUCUUCAAGGUUUGAAGUAACCACAGAUGUCCGUCAAGGGUGUGUGAUGUCUCCAGUCUUGUUCAAUCUGUUUAUGGACAGAAUUAUGCGUGAGACUCCGAUCAAGUUUGAGGGUGAUGGCAUUGAGAUUGCUUACAGAACAGAUGGUGGCCUGUUCAGGAAUUAUCGUGUAAAACCUGAUGGGACACAUAAGAUCAAAGCUCCCAUGUAUGCCAAUGAUUUGGCCCUACUAGGUACGUCAAGUAGUGAGUUGCAGCAGAUGGUGAAUGCUUUCCAUGAUACAUGUAUGAGAUGGGGUAUGCGGAUCAACACUGACAAAACUAAAAUCCUGAGUAUUGGUGCUGAAGAAGCAAACACCUCGAUUGCUGGUCGUGCUCUAGAGAAUGUUUCUGAAUUCUGCUAUUUGGGCAGCAUUGUAACUAAGUCAGGGGAUUGUCACUUAGAGGUUGUUGAACGUAUUCAGAAAGCUAGCAGGACAUUCUGUUCUUGGAAACGUAGAGUGUUCACAAACCGAGGAUUUAGCAAGAACACAAAACUGAGAGUCUUUAGGUCACUAGUGAUGCCAGUUUACUAUAUGGUUCUGAGACUUGGGCAAUCACUCAAGUAGAUACUCGAAGACUGAACACUUUUCAUAUGCACUGUAUUAGAUCUAUCUUGGGUGUAUCAAGACUUAACAAGAUAAGAAAUUCCUUCAAUUCGAGAUCUGCCAAGGAAGAACCAAUUAAACGUCAAAUUCA